CUGGGAAGCGGCGCCAUAUUGGCGUCGGCCGCGCUGUAUUGUCAUAAAUAGAGCCGGUUUUGUGGUGUUUUCACUACUCGGUUGGAUGCCUCGGCUGUAGUAAGUGAGAGAGUGAGCGUGCAAGCGAGAUACAAGCAAGCGGAGGAAAGUGGACAGGAGGAGAAGGGAAGAGCAAAACCAGGACUCCAGAGCGAAAGACAACUCGCCGGUGAGGGAGACGCAGGAAGCGAUGAAAGAGAUGUCUGCAAACACCGUGCUGGACAGCCAGCGUCAACAAAAGCAUUAUGGAAUCACCUCUCCAAUUAGCUUGGCUUGUCCUAAAGAAAUUGAUCAUAUUUACACACAGAAAUUAAUUGAUGCCAUGAAACCAUUUGGAGUGUUUGAAGAUGAGGAAGAAUUGAACCAUAGGCUGGUUGUUCUUGGUAAACUGAACAAUCUAGUAAAAGAAUGGAUUUCUGAGGUCAGUGAGAGUAAGAAUCUUCCACCUUCUGUUGUGGCUACUGUUGGUGGAAAAAUUUUUACUUUUGGCUCCUAUAGACUUGGAGUACACACCAAAGGAGCUGACAUUGAUGCACUUUGUGUAGCCCCAAGACAUGUGGAGAGAUCUGAUUUUUUUCAGUCUUUUUUUGAAAAGUUGAAACAUCAAGAUGGCAUUAGAAACUUAAGAGCUGUAGAAGAUGCCUUUGUGCCUGUUAUAAAAUUUGAAUUUGACGGAAUUGAAAUUGACUUAGUCUUUGCAAGAUUGGCAAUACAGACCAUAUCAGAAAAUUUAGAUCUAAGAGAUGACUCUCGACUGAGAAGCCUUGAUAUCAGGUGUAUUCGCAGCCUAAAUGGAUGUAGAGUUACUGAUGAAAUUUUGCAUUUAGUGCCAAAUAAAGAAACUUUCAGACUCACCCUAAGAGCAGUUAAACUGUGGGCAAAGCGACGUGGUAUUUAUUCCAACAUGCUGGGAUUCCUUGGUGGUGUCUCCUGGGCAAUGCUGGUUGCAAGAACUUGCCAAUUAUAUCCAAAUGCAGCAGCUUCUACUUUAGUUCAUAAGUUCUUCUUAGUUUUUUCCAAAUGGGAAUGGCCAAAUCCUGUGCUGCUGAAGCAACCAGAAGAAAGCAAUUUGAAUUUGCCAGUUUGGGAUCCUCGGGUAAAUCCAUCAGAUAGGUAUCAUCUCAUGCCCAUAAUCACCCCUGCCUACCCACAACAGAAUUCUACGUAUAAUGUGUCCACAUCAACUCGAACAGUAAUGGUAGAAGAAUUUAAACAAGGUCUUGCAGUCACAGAUGAAAUUCUUCAGGGGAAAUCAGACUGGUCCAAACUACUUGAGCCACCAAAUUUUUUCCAAAAGUAUAGACAUUAUAUAGUAUUGACUGCCAGUGCAUCAACAGAAGAAAAUCAUCUAGAGUGGGUUGGGUUAGUAGAAUCUAAAAUACGUGUACUUGUGGGAAAUUUGGAACGGAAUGAAUUUAUUACUCUUGCCCAUGUAAAUCCCCAAUCAUUCCCAGGAAAUAAGGAACAUCAUAAAGACAACAAUUAUGUAUCAAUGUGGUUCCUUGGAAUAAUUUUUCGGAGAGUAGAAAAUGCAGAAAGUGUUAAUAUAGACUUGACACACGAUAUACAGUCGUUUACUGAUACAGUGUACAGACAGGCAAACAAUAUAAACAUGCUAAAGGAAGGAAUGAAAAUUGAAGCAACUCAUGUUAAAAAAAAACAACUUCAUCACUACCUUCCCGCAGAAAUUCUUCAGAAGAAGAAAAAGCAAAGUCUAUCUGAUGUCACUCGAAGUUCAAGUGGACCUCAAUCCAAAAGAUCCUCUCUGGAUAGCAAUUGUUUGGACAGCUCCAGAGACACUGAUAAUGAAACACCUUUUAAUUCCCCAGUGUCUGCAAACAAGCCUUCCAAGCCUGAUAUUCCUCCUUCAGGGGAGACAGAGAGGAAUAACGCUGAGCCUGCUGCUGUAAUUGUGGAAAAGCCACUGAGUGUCCCGGCAGCUCAAGGGCUAUCUAUUCCUGUCAUUGGUGCAAAAGUCGACUCUGCAUUAAAAGCUGUAUCACCCCCAGCUGUGUGUACCAUUCCUACGGUAGUAGGACGAAAUGUCAUUCCUAGGGUCACACCUCACAACCCUGUCCAGGGGCAGCCACAUCUAAAUGGGAUGUCAAAUGUAACUAAGAAUGUUACGCCUAAAAGACCCCACUCCCCAUCUGUAGAUGGGUCCUCUAAGAGGUUGAAAGACAUAGAAAAGUUUAUUCGACUUGAAUCAACAUUUAAGGAAUCACAUGCUGCUGAAGACAGAAAAAGAAAAUCAGUGGAUGCCAUUGGAGGAGAAUGUAUGCCUAUUCCAACUAUUGAUACGUCACGCAAAAAGAGACUGCCCAGCAAAGAACUACCAGAUUCAUCAUCUCCAGUUCCAGCAAAUAACAUCCGUGUCAUCAAAAAUUCCAUUCGGCUGACCCUAAAUCGGUAAAAGCAGUGCCUCCUUACUAAAGUGAAUAUGCAAUCAUUUAGUGGCAUAGAUGCAUCCACUCUUAAAAAUAGAGUGAGCUGUCACACAUAAGAUAAGGUGAAAGUUACAGUCAUCCGCCUAACGACCUUGAAGUGUUUUUUGAACUCUCACACUUUGACCUGCAGAUGCUGUAGCAUUCUCUCAUUGAUUGCUACAUACACUUCUCUGAGGAUCACCUGCUAUCAACUUGUCAUCUGCAAUAUUAUGACUUUGCGUUGGAGGUUUUACUGCCUUAACUUUCGAUGCUUAUUUCUCUGUUAUGGGAACCAGUUCUUGGCUCUUUGGACACUCGUAAAACAAGUCCUGAAAUAUCCACGACCCCCCCACCCACCCUUUUUUUAAAGUCUUAUGUUGUAAUCAUUGUAUAGAACUGAAAAAAUUGGAAAAAAAAACAAAAAAAAGCCUUGUAAUUUUCCAAAUGUUAACACAUUUACUUUAGCAUUGAAGCCACUUUGUGAAACCUGAGAUAAAUGAAUGUGAGGUAUCUUUUCUGCUUUCCUCAUUUGUGUAGAUGUACUUUUUGUCUGUUCUGUUGAUUUAAAUUAUUUUUUUCUCAGAUUGGCACAUGAAAUAUUUAAAUUUUAUUUUUUUGUGCCUUUCUGUCCAAAUGUUGCAUAGUUACCAGGGAGGAUUAGUCCAGUGAUUACAUAAGAGUUGGGCACCAUAAAUUCUCUAUAUUUUGCCUCCUGUGGAGGCCUUUGAAAUGCAUCUUUAUUAAGAAUCAAAAUAUAACCAGAAUACUGAAAGUCAGUAUAUGAACGGUGAAAUUGUUACAUAACCUAUCUCAUGCCAUUCUUGUUAGUUGACUGGUAUUUUUUACUGAGGAGCAACUCAAUCCGGCAUCACCAAUAAAGAUACUUUAAGUAUGGCAAACUUGUAUUUUUGACGUGUACAAUUUAACUUGGCAUGAUAAUUCCUGACCAUUACGUACCCCCACAACUUCAGUUUCUUCAUGGACUAGGCAUGCAGAAAUAAGCAGUGGAUUUUAUUGAGACCUAAAGGCAUCUUUGAAGACAUUGUUACCAACCAUUAAUUGGCUCAGGACCUUUGUAAUUUUUAUUUAAAUAUGAGUUGUCUUUUUUUACACUGCUUUUUUCAGUCCUUUUCUUAAUAUUUUUUAAGUUUCAUGAAUGCAUGCUCCAUUUAUUGAAAUCCAUAACCAUGUAAUUCUUGUAAUAUGUUGAUUCAGUGUUUUGUAAAUGAAGUCGUAUGUAUUUUCAGAGUAUUUUUGUAUGUACUGUAAGAUAACCAUCUUUUCAAAGAGAAAACUUUAAAACCUUUACUGUCUCUCUUUAGUCUAAUUUUUUAAAUAUGGAUUAUGCUUGAAUUAAAAUGAAAAUGUAUAGAUUACACAGCCAGGAAUGCUGGUAUAUAUUACCUUCUUCAUCUUGCACUCACCAUUUAGCAGGUCUAGUAGGAAAAACAAAAUGGUAUAUUUGAAUAGUGCAGGGAGAAGCCCUUAGUUGUAUAGUUUACGGGACACACGGGAUGCCAUUUAGCCAUUGGAGUCAUAGUCCAUUUUUUCUUGCAAGCCCUUUACCAUUGAGCUGAAAUAACUUGAAUUCUAAUUGUCAGAGAGCAGUAUCCUUCUCCCCUCCUGUUCCUGACCCCUGUCUACAUCUCUGAAAUGGAAAUUCUAGUGUUUACCUCUGAAGUUUUCCUUUGUGAAAGUUCAAGAAUAGCAAGGAGAAAACAAUGGUGGUUCCUUUUUUACUUUUUACAUAGGAAAAGACAAGAAUGAAGUCCCAUGACCAAAUGGUAGCUUCCUUGGCAAAGCUGUUUUUUUAGCUGACCCUUUUCCUUUAUUCAGGUAUUUUGAGCUUUGUUUUAUAAAUAUUCUAUUUGAGCAGAAGUGCAUGAUUAUGAAAGGACUGAAUAAUUGUCAUGUGACUCAAAACAUUAAAAACUUCUUUAAGGGCUUUAAGAAUUCUUUAUACAUACAUCCAAGUUUCACCUACUAUGUAAACCAAUUCUUUGGAGUAACUAGUGAAGUUUCUCUUUAAUAAGAAAGCAACAGGCCUAACCUUUGUACUAUAGUAUAGUCAUAUCUCUUGUUUUAAUUGUCCAUUCGACAUGGGGUUAAAGACAUAGCCAAGUGUUUAACUCCUCAGAGACAGCAUUCUUCAACCUGUUUGCUGACUGGUUCGGGGAAUUGAUGAGAUGCUUUUGAGAUGGUGGGUUUGGUCAGAAAUGAAGUGUUUUCUAUCCCAAACAGUAGGUAGAACAAUCAGUCCAGUUGACCCUUGAACAACACAGAUUUGAACUACACAGGUCCUAUAUGUCACCUAUACAUAUUUUUUCAGUAAAUAUAGUACUUGUAUUUUUAUCUUACAGAUCUUUAAGUAGGGGAGAUCACAAUAUGUAGAAUCAAAAGAACUAGGGUUUGAGUCCUGAUUCUAUCCAAACUGUUUCAGCUUCCUGCCCUUGGGUGAGUCAUGUAUCAAUUGGUAAGUUUUUGAGACAGAGUUAGCAGUACAAGUGUUUUCAGCUGGGAUGAGGGGUUCAGCACUCUGCCUCCUGCAUUGUGCAAGGGUCAGCUGUACAUUUUGUUACUAUGGUAGGAGAUGGGGUUCCAAGUAAGUUAAGAGGGAGAAGGAAUGGUCUGUGAUUAUGUGCUAUGUUCAGAGGCACUGGGUGAAUGUGUUUGAUUCUAAGAUGUGUUUUAUUUCAAGUAUAACUAGAAAUAUAUUUUAUAAAGUCAAAUAACCUGUAUGUAGACAACACAUUCAUUUUCAUGACGGUAUUAAAUUUUAAUCUUAACUUUUCAAUGACUGGCUCUAAAGAAUAAUAUAUAUCAAAGAAACGAUUAUCUGCUAGUUUAAACCUUAGGGAUUUAACUACUUUGAGAGACAGGAUACAUGGCUUAAAACCUUGUAAAAUUAGGCGAAGAGGAUUUUACAAGACUAUGUUUACAAUAAGAGUUUUUGUCUUAAGACAGCAAUUUGGUAACAUUAAAAUGUUUACUGUCCUAUAUAGGCACAGAGAGGUGAAGACGAACAGUGUCAAAAUGGGCUAAACUUAUUUUCCAUGGUGUCCACCACUUCAAAAUAGGAACUCCCAACUUGCAAGAUCAUGGACUGUAGGGAAUCCCUUGCAAAUAUAUAUAAGAAGUUUUUGUUCAUAUGCAUAUUUCUGAGGGGAAGUUCAUACUUUCAUCAGUUCUCAAAAUGGUUCAUGACACUAAGAAAAAAAAAAGUUAGGGACCACAGCUUUACAGGAUUGAAUAAUCCCAAACUUUGGAAUUUUCUUAAGAUUUUUCUGUGGUAUAUUUCUGAAAAUGUACUGUGGCUCUUAACUAGUAAAGUGGGCUAAUGAAAGACUCUGGAAUACUGAGUUUCUCUUUUCAAGUUUCUUUAUGUAUCUCAGAUGAAACUUUGUCAGUAUUUAGAAAAAGGCUUAUGAUUGGAUUUAUAAAUGUCUUCAUGUUAACUUCAAUUCAUUAGCAGGAUCAAACCAACAAAUUUCAACGUAGGAAUGAUCAGAGUAGAAUAGCUUAGAAUAAUCAUUAGAAAUGGUAAAAAGCAGAAUUAAUAAUUAAAGAUCCUAAAAAAAUAAUAAAGAUUCUAAUCCUUUGAUUUGGUAGCCUUAAAUUUCUUAUUCCUCCAUGUUUGUGGUUCAGACUGAACAGACCAAUAAAUAGAACUUUAGUGUAAAAAAAUUUUUUUAAUAAAAUUAUACGAGUGCGUAAAUAACUACCUAUUAAACCUUCCAAAGCUUGGAAUUUAAGUCAUGAUAAUAGUGAUGAAUAUAGUGCAAGCGAUAGAAGAAAGCCAGUCUAAAAAAUGGUAACUAUUUCCUUAGGAUUUUUUAAAAGAAUUGUACAAGGUCAGAGCCUUCCCAGAUUUCCUAUUUUUUUCUGGAAUUUUAUAUUUGAAGUUAGUUGAACAUAAGAUUAUCAUCAGGCUUGCUCUAAUUUUUUAAUGUAUUGCUGCAUUUUUAGCAAGGACCCAAGUAAUUACCUUAAAAAGUACUUAGGAUAUAUUUGAGGUAAAUGGUGCUACAUCACUUCACAGUGUUAAUGUAAAAUGAAUGCAGCUGCUGCUCCUUUCUAGUUAGCUGUUUGUGUAAUUCAUAUUAAUUUUUCCUGCCUUUUAUUUGGAUUGUCUUAAUUUCUUAGUUGUACACAUGAGCCUCAUUGUCUGGAAUAAGUAAUAUAAUAAACUUGCUUUGAUAAA